AACCAAUUAAUCUUUUGGGUUAUCAUUUGGAAACUGUAUAGUCGUCCAACAAGCUAACGCUGCAACAUGAGCUUCUUCCUUUUACUACUACUACUUGUGUUGUCGGCAGUAGCAGGUUUUGCUCCUACCGCCGCCACAUCAAAAACUAUUUCUUCCAUAGCCAAACCAAACUGCGAUGAUCAUUGUGGGAACGUAAGCAUCCCAUUUCCCUUUGGUUUGACACAAGAAUGUGCUCUAAACACAAAUUUCUCCAUCACUUGCAACACCUCCUUUCAUCCUCCAAAGCCAUUUCUAAGUAGGACUGUGGAGGUUAGGGAUAUAUCAGUUGAAGGGCAGUUGAGGGUCAUGAAGCUCGUAGCUAAAAUUUGUUACAACAAGGGCGAAAAUCGUUCCUCACUGAGAAUAUCGUAUACUUCCUCAAGAUUCUAUGUCAACCAGACCGCCAAUAAAUUCGUUGCUGUCGGAUGCGACACUUUCGCUAACGUUUACGCCUACGGCGAUGACCAGUCGUACAAAACAGGGAGUAACUGUGUGAGCAUCUGUAACACCACACAUGAUGUUACAACUACAAACGGGACUUGCUCCGGAUUUGGGUGUUGCGAGACAGGGAUUCCUAACGUGGCCAGGAACGUGUACCAUUCACUGGAUAGCUUGAAUUACUAUAAUUACACUGCCGGUGAUAUUAAUAACUGCAGCUACGCAUUCGUGGUGCAAAAAGAGGAGUUCAGGUUUUCCCCCACCAUGCUUACCAGAGAUUGGGAUGUGGAGAAAGUGCCCAUGGUUCUUGACUGGACCAUCUCGAACCAGACGUGCCUUACGGCGUGCCAAGGUAAUACCACAUGUGUUGCCGUCAAUGGUGAGGGGUAUCGUUGCGCUUGCAAGGAGGGUUAUGAAGGCAAUCCUUAUCUCCCUCCAGGUUGUCAAGAUGUUGAUGAAUGUGAAAAUGGACAGAACAAUUGCUCCAAAAACGCUAUUUGCUCAAAUACCGAAGGUGGCUAUGAGUGCUCUUGCAAGAAAGGUUACCGUGGCGAUGGCAAGAGUGCUUUAGGCUGCACUUCUUCUAAUCAUCGUAGACACAUCAUGCUUGUUUUGGGUAAACCAACACCCUCCCUCCUUUCAAUUCUUUUGGGUGACCAAAGAAAUCCGCAGUCACUACUCGAUGGUGUGUAUUUCGUUGGCAUUAUAACGAAGCUGAUCAGUUGUUUUGGUCUGUACGUAAAAUAUAAACGAAAGAAAUCAGUACAGAUGAAAAAGAAAUUCUUUAAGGACAAUGGAGGACUGAUUCUGCAAGGAAGGAUUGAUCAAGGAAGUACAUCUUCUAGCACAACAAGAAUUUUUGCUGCCCAGGAGCUUAAAAAAGCAACCAACAAUUAUGACCACACUAGAAUCAUUGGUCAAGGAGGUUUUGGCAUUGUCUAUAGAGGAAACCUUCUUGACGGCAGAAUAGUAGCAGUUAAAAAGGCCAAGAUGAUGGACCCAACUCAAGUUGAGCAGUUCAUCAAUGAGGUAAUUGUGCUCUCCCAAAUCAAUCACAGAAACAUUGUCAAACUUUUUGGUUGCUGUUUAGAGACAGAAAUUCCAUUGUUGGUUUAUGAGUUCAUAAGCAAUGGGACAUUGUCCGAGCAUCUACACAACAAAGACAAGGCAUCGGCAUUACCUUGGUCGACCCGUUUAAGAAUAGCAACAGAAACAGCUGAGGUCCUCUCUUAUUUGCACUCUGCAGCCUCUCCUCCCAUCAUCCACAGAGAUGUUAAAUCUGUUAAUAUUCUCCUUGAUGAUGACUACACCGCUAGGGUAUCCGACUUUGGAGCAUCAAGACUAGUCCCUCAAGACCAAACUCAACUGACAACAAUGGUGCAAGGAACAUUUGGUUAUCUAGAUCCAGAGUACUUGCAAACCAACCAUUUAACAGAAAAGAGUGAUGUCUAUAGUUUCGGAGUUGUCCUGGUGGAGUUGCUAACGAGUAGGAGGGCUCUAUCUUUUGAUGGUCCAGAGAAAGAGAGACAUCUAUCUCAGUAUUUUCUUUCAUUGUUGAAAGAGAAUAAGUUAUUCAAGAUUCUUGAUGACAACAUUGUAUGUCAUGGAAACAUUGAAGAGUUACGAGAGGUUGCUUUGCUUGCUAAAAGGUGUUUAAAUGUGAAGGGAGAUGAUAGGCCGACGAUGAAGGAAGUUGCAGUUGAACUAGGUGGAUUGAGGAGAGCAAAAAAACAUCCAUGGAUCAAUAAUUCAGACACUUCAAUGGAAUCAGAUUCUCUACUUACUGAGCAGCCAAUUCCCUUUGGAUAUGGUGCUACUUUCAGUAUAACAACAACAGAGUAUGAUAGCUUAAAACAUCAUAUGGAGUUUCCAGCCGCUGCUGGAAGAUAAUUGCAACCCCUUCAUUUCAGCAAAUUAGCUAUAUGCUCAAUUGGGAAUACUAUAUAUGUUGAUUUGUUUCUAUUAUUCUUGUGAUAAAAAUUAAAAUAAUUAAUGUAUUUCAAAUUUAAUAUUA